AUGUCGAGCCAAGAUAGUAUCCACCGACAAUUCCCCGUGAAAAAGAACCGGAUGGGUCCAUUUUUGGGCAAACAACAGUCAUCACGGUCUCUCUUGACAUACGGGGAAUUUGACGAAGACGAAGAGACAGAUCUUGUCGUCCCUUGCGUCACACAAGAUGAGGAAGAUGAAGUAGCCCAACCUUCAACGCUGCCCCAAUCAUCUGAAUUCUCACUUCAAGAUGAUACAGCGACUGAAAUUUGGACAGAAGAUGAAAGUCUAGGAGAAAAUAGUCGAUCCGAGAUUGAAGCUGCCACGGAACAAUUGGAGAGCAGGAGAAUCGGCACAGAACAUGACAGAGAAAACUAUGGUGUUGAAAUAUAUUUGAAUCAUUACGAAAUCAUGUUGCAGCGACAAGAAGACGAAAAUGUAGCCACUCUGACACAUUUGAAGCCCAUGCUUGAAGUGCUAGAGUCACUAGUGAAAGGAAAAGCAUCGGCUCAGAUUGCUAACAGCAACACCACCUGCUAUGAUCGCACAACAUUGUUGAGGGAGUUCCGACCAUCAGAGCUAAAGAAGGCAUACAAACAAUUGAAGGAAGAAAGCACACGAUUUGACUUCAUUCGAACAGAUCGGCAAUUCAUGCUUGUUCUGAGGCUACUAUCGCAAACAGCCAUGGCUCAUCAAAGUGUGUCGUGGGCUGAAAUUGCACACUGCUACAAGAUCUGCGUUAGCGGAAUGCAGACCUUGGAAGAGAUUCCUGCAGGAAGAAUGCGCAAUCAAAUCAAGGAACGCACAAUUGCGAGCUUACAAGGCCCGAUACUUCCGAAGGUCCCAACAUCAAUUCUGAAACAAAGUUCCAAGCCUUCAGCCCUCACCUCAGUGUCAACCUCUUCAUCCUCGAGUCCUACCAUAAGCCCACUCGCAGACAUGGAAAGCAAGUCAAAAAUAAACUUUCAAGAUGGAUCUAAGUCCGACCGUAUAGUGACGAAGAUGAAAGAAGCACACGAAACUGACGUGAAGGAAAUUAAUUUCUUGAAAUUGACUAUCGCGUUCUUGCUUGGUCUCAUGGUUUCUGUGACCAUUGUUUCGCAGUCGAAUGGAUCUUCACCAGAAACUGGAUCUCUCAACCUCUUACUAGAGCAAUUAUCAGAAGCAAAAGCGGUUGCUGCUGAAGCAUCUAUUUCUGCUGCUUUUGAAAGCACUGUUCCGAUGGCAGUUAGAACCCCCCAACCACAAGAUGUUCACUUUCAGCCAAAAGAAGCUGAUAUCCAACCGAUUAUGGAGGAAGAGAAUAAGGGAGAAAAGACUCAAUCAAUUCGGAAUCCUGAUGUACUGGAGUCCGACAAUCUCGAGACAGCACUUACCACUUUCAACGCACCAAAAUCAACCUCGACGAUACUGUUUCCAUCCGUGUCAACUUUGCCAGAGGUGAGAACAUGGGGUGCUAUUGCAGUUGCGACUGUUGUGGCCCCAGCUGUUUUGCAGGCUGCUGUCGCAUUGGCCUCGACUUCUUUGUUGAUCCCCAUGGCUAUUUCUAUGAUUGCUGCCACUUCAGCUUUGGAGGGAGUAAGAGCGGUUGUCUUGGGGUGGUUGAAAAACCUCAGACCAAUGCGAAAGUCAUAA